GAGUCCACGAUUUGAGUGCAAUUAGAUGAUGGGCAUGGCUCCACGAGAGUUGGUACCUAAUGCUGCAAUUUUUCCCAAUUCAUGAGCUCUGGUUGGAGUGAACCCUCCGAUUUAUCAGUCCUGAGAACAGAAUCGUGUGCUAAAAGCAGGAUGGCAGUGUGUGAAGCAUGGCAACUAGGCUUGAUAGAUGCUGAUGUGUGAAACGUGGCAACUUUUAUAAAUGAUAUUGCAGGUAAUUUAUCCUAAAUAGUCUCGGGGAGAAAGUUAUACUUUGCCUCCCUAACUUGAGGAGGCUUUUUUUUAAUCCAAUGACUUCGAGAAAACACAUACCAUCAGCACAUGAAGGACGUUCUGUACCAGGUCCUGCUUUCAUUCAUCAUGGUGCAUUGCCUGCUGGCCAUCGUCCGAUGGAACCACUUCCUCCUCCUGAGCUUUUAGAUAAUAGAUUGGCUGUUCAGGCAGCGGAAAUUGAGCAGCUUGCUGUGGAUAAUCAUAGGUUGGCAGCCUCCCAUGGGGCUUUGAGGCAGGAUCUUGUUGCUGCUCAGCAAGAAAUACAGAAGCUUGCAGAUCAUAUUAGAAGCAUGCAGACUGAGAGUGAUAUCCAGAUUCGUGUAUUAUUGGAAAAGAUAGCAAAAAUGGAAGUUGACAUCAGAGCUGGUGAGAGUGUAAAGAAGGACUUGCAGCAAGCACAUUCUGAGGCACGGAGCCUGGCAUUAGCUAGAAAAGAGCUGACUGCUCAAGUACAAAAGGCCAGUCAGGAGCUGGAGAAAGCCUGUGCUGAUGUCAAAAAAUUACCGGAAAUGAAUACUGAACUCGAUAGUUUAAGGAAAGAACAUCAAAGGUUACGAAUGACAUUUGAGUACGAAAAAGGUUUAAACAUAGCAAAAGUGGAAAAAAUGCGAAUCAUGGAGAAGGAAAUGGUGGGCAUGCAUGGAGAACUGGAAAGAUUGCGUGCCGAGGUGUUCAAUGUCGAGAAGAGAGCACAUGCUCCCUACACGUAUGGUGGACCCAACAUCAAUCCACAUACAUUCUACCCCCCUGCUGUACAUGGUAGUGGUGGAUAUGUUGAUAAUUAUGGAAGACCUGCUGUUCCGAUGGGUGCUGGGCCUAUAUCCCCGGGAAUGAUCCCGUAUGGUGGUUCCGUCACUGCAGGUGCUCCUGAUGGAGUUGGAGCUGUAGCAGGAGCUGUUACUGGGGCUGCUGGGAAUCCUUCAUGGACGGGAACAUAUGAUGCCUCGCAUGCUCGGAGGUGAAUGUAUCAGCCAAAACUGGAUCCUGGUGUCCCUUCGUAUGCAACUUAGUAGAAUCUUGUGUUGAUGAUUUACCAAAUACUAGCUUGUAGGCUUGUACUCGUUAACUCUGAGAAUUCCUUGUAAGUUAUCGUAACCUGUUUCAUGGCUUUAGCCAAAUUUUACUACAAGAAUUGUAGCAUGUUGUUAGCUUCUGUAUAAUAUAGCUUUCCUCUUUUAUUGUCCUUUUGCA